GUUCUCUGGACUUUGAACACUUUAUUUGAAACUAUACUAUGAUAAAGCUCAAGUAAUACGUGGUUAAGAAUUCUGAACAUGUUUGGAGACCUUAAACAGGCCCACGGUGUCUUCACGCUGAGAAAAUGAUACGAAAGCAUAGGUUCACCGGUGGAAGAGGAGAGUUUGAAGUUAACCCAGCUGAAGAGAAAAUAAGCCUUGCAUCAAGUGCACUGCUGGCAGAUGGUGGUCCUCGGAAUUUGUUUCUCGAAUUGCCUAAAAAUGCAAAGUUAAACGAUGCGUGGAGUGAUGCUUUAAACGCCCAAAUGGAUUACCCAUCAUGUCUUGGUGAAAAUGAAGGAUACGCCAUUACAGCAUAUACAUCCGAUGAAUGUUUUGAGGAGUUCAACGCCGACACUCGAUCGCACGUUACUAACCUAAUGACGGGUGGUGCCAUGGAAUUCCACGCUAUGGCCUAUAGGUGGAAAGGUCUGUACCAUCUUCUUAGAAAUGGUUUAAAAAAUCUUAACUCAUCCACGCCAAUUGACGCUUAUAGGGGGAUGGACUUUAAUCCAGCCGAAAAAUUAAAAAAGAAAGACGCAUUGUAUUUUAAACAAUUUACGUCAACAACCACCAACAAAUCAACAGCAGCAAAAUUUGGAAAAAUCCUGUUUGCCAUCAAAACCUAUCGAAGUGCGCCCAUUGAUUCAUUAUCCUUUUUUUCGGGUGAAGACGAAGUUCUGAUUCCCCCAAAUGAAAUAUUCGUUAUAACCGAUAUUUCUGAAACUCCUCGUCUCACAUACACUCUUAUAUCGGUAGAUGAUCCGAUGGUCCCCAAUUUGUAUCAGAAAGUGGCGGACGAACAUCUUUAAAACCACCACACCUCUUGCUGCCAGAGGCUGUCAAAAAACCAAGAAUUUCGACCAGAACAACUACUAGAACGGCAUUUCCCGAUGACCUUUGCAUGAAAAUAAAUUGUAUUGUGUGAAUUUUGUAUUAAUAUGCAGUUUUAAAAGGAACUUAGCAACAAUCAUUCAUUGAUUGGACAUGUUAACACAAUGAGUACAAGAAAGGAUUUAAGAUCUACGUAUAUAAACCCAUCCUUGGUUCAAGGGUAUUUCACUUCUUUCCAAAUUCUGAAUUUAAGCAUAAAUAUGAGGUCCUUUGAAGAAGGAUGAUAUAAACCUAGAAGUUGAUAACACAAGAAAAUAAAAAUUCAAAGAUCACAAGAUCAAAAUCCAAAAAUUGGCGGCAAGGGGAAAGAAGCUGAUGAUAUUUCAAACCUUAAAAGAAGUAUUCUCAGAGAAUAUAAAUUCAACAAAUAACUGGGUUCCACACGCAGUCCAAAUAUGUGGACGGGGUAGGGUAGUCAACUUUUCGAAGGGAAGUGUUUUUCUGGCGUCCAUUUUCGUCAUGAUAGACGAGAUGGUAAUAGCAAAUAUAUGUAUUGAUUUCACCUA